AUGAUUCCAGAAUCUCAUUUUGAGGCAUUUUCAGCACACAUAGAUUUGUCCUUGUUGGAUCAAAUCAAGGAAGCUACCCAGGAAGACCCUAGUCUUGACACAAUCUUGCUAGCUGUAUCAGAUCCUAAAUCCAUGCCCCACAGCAUUGCACAAAAGUUCAAGGACUAUACAAUUCAGAAGGGUCUACUUCUGUAUCAAGGAAGAGUAGUUGUGCCAGAUGAACCUGAGAUCAAACGGCAGCUCUUAACUCACUUCCAUGAUUCUCCUGCUUCUGGUCACCAAGGCCAAGCACAAACUCUAGAGUUAAUCAGUCGUCACUACUACUGGCAAGCAAUGAAAUUCCAAGUCAAUUGCUAUGUGGAGUCUUGUGAAAUCUGCCAAAGAAGCAAGGGCCAUGCACACAGCUAUGCUCUCAACCCGCUUUCUGUCCCUGCAGGUCCCUGGGAAGACAUCUCAUAUGAUUUCAUUGUCAAGUUUCCCAAGUGUAAGGGGUAUGACAGCAUUCUGGUGGUUGUAGACCGCUUCUCAAAGAUGAUGCCCCUGAUUCCCUGCAAGGAAACUGCCACUGCUGAGGAUGUAGCUCAGAUGUUCCUGGAGCAUGUCUGGAAGCUACAUGGCACUCCCAAGUGCACUGUGUCUGACAGAGGAACUACAUUCAACUCCAAGUUCCUCAAGGUGCUCUACAAAUCUCUGCAAAUCACUCCUAGUUUCUCUACUGCUUACCACCCACAAUCUGAUGGACAAACUGAGAUCAAAAACCAAUGGCUAGAGGCUUACCUAUGUCCCUUCAUUGAUCAUAGACAGUCUGAUUGGGUUGAUUGGCUCCCACUGGCUGAAUUUGCUCACAACAACGCCAGAAGCAAAGCAACAGGCAGAUUGCCCUUUAAGAUUGUGUAUGGACGUUCUCCUGUCAUUUCACCACUCCUGGAACCCACUGGAUCGCCUAUUGCUGACAACAGAGCCAAGCAACUGGCUGAGACAAUUCAGGAAGUACAGGCAUCAAUCAAAUGGGCUCAGGAGCGCUACAAACAGGCAGACACAGGGAAACCACCUCCUGAGUUUCAACCAGGAGAUAAAGUUUGGCUUCUGCCUUCCAAUAUCACGUUGCAGCGUCCCAACAAAAAGCUAGACCAAAAAUACUUAUUGUCUGCUUUCAAACAAGACACAGAGUUUGAUUGCAAAUUUACCCCUCCGCCGCCUGUGAUCACAGCAGAAGGAGAAGAAGAGUAUGAAGUAGACAAAUUUGUAGAUUGGGCAGCAGAAGACAGAAUCUGGAAGUACAGGGUCAGAUGGAAGGGAUAUGCGCCCCAUGAGGACACAUGGGAACCAGCCAAGGAUCUACAGCAUUGCAAGGACUUGCGCAACUUCUUUGCCAAUUACCCGGAUGCUCUGGCGGCCAACAACGCCAUCACUGCAAAUGCACGCAGAGUUAAAAGAGGGAAGAUAGUCAAGCAACUCAGCAACAUGCCCAUCUUCAGCUCCAUCAACGCCUUGGCUUACAACCCUUGCCUCAACAUUGAUUGCUACAUCAUGAACGGCCCAGAGGAGAUGAGAGCACACCUAGACAGCUCUGCCAACAUAAUUCAUGCUCUGAUGAGCGCCAGCAGUUGCAACAAGUGGGGAUUCCUCCAUUGGCUUGACCCCAGGGGAGAAGAAGGACCAGAUACACUGUAUGGAAAACAAGUAUACCACUGGUGGCACUUCAUUGCCUCCCAUCCAGGUGCUUUCAGGGAUCUGGCACAAUGGCAUUGUCAUGGGUUUGCUGCCCCACCCCCUACAGUCUCCACACCUCCAUCUGCAAGAGAGCUAACUCAGGCAAUGCAGAACCUCAUUCUGCUUUACCCAGCGGACCCGCCAGCCUACACAAGGAGGCCAGCACCGCCAGUGACCCCUCCAGCACACCCAGACACCCCCAGACCCACAGAGGUGCAUGUACCAGCACCUUUGCCCUUCCCCCUGUUCUCCAGCACGCCAGACACUUGCUGGGCCCCAGGAUACUUGUCCCCAGUGAGAGAAACACAAUGGGAGCCUCAGAGCUACCUAGGAUGGAGCAAUGAGGAGAUAAGAAGGAAUGUGGAAACAUUUGAAGGCAGUGAGAAUGAGGAGCUGUUUAGUUUUGAGGAGUUACUAGCUAUUGAUUGUUCUGAAUGGAUGUACGCAGCCCUUUGUCACUGCCUAAGGGCUUUUGAGGGGGGGCAAUGUCAUGAGCCUCACCUCCUGACAUGA